GGGCUGGUUCGGGAUCGUUUCACACGGCCAGCCGAGUGACCGUUGCCGGCCGGACCCUAAUUUGUGCUGGCGCCAUCGGCAUUCGAUGGUGCUUCGGGCGAACGCGGCGACUCUCUCGUUCCGCGAUAAGCCCGACGUGAGUUCUCGAGAGAGACAUAAUCGCGCAGAGCGCAGGUAUGAAGAGCAUGCUGGAGGCUUUGGACACAGCCUUACAUGUAAUCAUGUCCCGUAAUCCACUGCAAGUCGGAGGUCUUGCUGGAGUUUUAGUUUUAGUGUUGGGUGCAUAUUUCGAUCCCUUCUGGCACAUCAGCAAUUACGUCGCAUGUUGUCGUCACUGGCCGAUCAGGCCUGUUGAGUAGAUCCGAGUCGACGGAGAGAAGUGAACUCUGUGCCUGGAAUUCGAUCCAUGUUUCCUUCGUUCAUGCCUCUUCGGCUUCACUGGUCAAGUAGUUCAUUCCGUCAGUCUCGCAGCGACUCGGUCUGACUCGAAAUUAAGAAGCAUUUGUUGUCUCUCUCGCCUGUUCUCUCUGCCAUAUACAGUGCAUGAUUGCCCUAGAAUUGGAUGCAUGCAGCAGCAUCAUGAACCUCGGAUUCCUACUGUUUUUGUCAUCUUCCUCCGAUCUACGCCAGUGUCCCCUCUCCAGUGUUGAGUUUUCGGCGUCUUGAAAUUAAUGUUCACUGUUCUUCAAGUUGAACCUGUUCCAUAUCUAGCGCAUCUUUCGAAUCACUGUUGAACUGAGAGGUCUCCUCCUCAUUGUCACAGGUGUAACUUACUUGAUUCUACCCUCUGCUCCCUUAAUUACCGGAUUCAACCCCCUUAAAUUUAGCAGAUCUUGACCUCUAACUGUGCUCUACCCUAAGGAUUCCAGUAUCUCUAACGCAUGUGGAACCACUUCAUAUGCUCAACAGUCGUGGAAAGACGUCUGCUUCCCUGAAAGCUUUCAGCUGUAGAUCUUAAAAGUACGAGGCGAUGAAUCGUCCAUUACCCAAGAAUAAAGGCCAAGGCUUCCCGAUCAUAGUUUUAUCCCUAAUACAUAUUUCUUUGGUCACCGAAAGGUCUGUGUUACAGGGUAGCUAGCUAUUCUACGGAAAUACAAUCGUUGUGUUGUGGGCAUUGCAUCGCAGACUUUCAGAAAUGAUUUGAUGAGGAAAAGGAACGUCACCGUCCAGCUUGUCCUCGCAGAACCUAUCGUCACUUUUCCACUCCGCUUGAGAGGGUUGUUCGGAGAAUGCUCAUCGGUUUCGUCCGGGUAGAUACACAAGCUGUAUUCGAGAUAACUGGAAGUAUCGUGAACGACUGCAAGAGUUUUACUUCCGGCACACGAGAUAAAGCUGAGACUUCCCAAGCACAGGAGGUUUAUAGACAGCGGAGAGUGUAAGAAGAGGUCCUUCUGCCAACAAAACAUGACAGGUCCGAUUGGCUGACGGAGUUCGAAGAAGUACUGACGACCCUGGAUGAGGUCGGAGGUAUACCGUCAUGCUGAGCGAGCUCGAAGUACUGCGCUUCAGAGAAGCAAUGUAACGCAAGGACUGGAUAGAAGUGGAAUCUUGGGGACAUGACGAUGGAGGUACAAAUGAAGCAGCUGCGUGACCAGGUGCACAGAAGAGAGGCUGAGAUUACCACUCUAAAGCAGCACUUGGUCCUGCUCACCAGCGACUUCAAGUACAACCUGAAACUUCUGGAAGACCGCGAUUUCGAGCUCGACCAAACCGAAGCCCAACUGGAGCAAAUAAGAAAUGUUGGGAAGAAGAAAGAUUCUGCGAUGGAACUUUUAAAUUCUGAGGUCGUGAAAUUUAAGGCUUUGGCAGACCGAGACGCUGAGCAAAUUCGGAGUCUUGAAUCCACUUUGGGCCAAUACAAAGAAUCUGUCCGAACUGUGAGGGAGCGACUUGAAGAAGCUCUUCAACUGCGAGACCAAGAACUCACGUGCCACAGAUCUGAGCUUGAAGCUUUGAAGACAAAAAUAAAUCAACAGUCGGAGUCGCUCAAGGUGCAGGAGAAGGGCUUGAAUGACGCGGUGAAAGCAUGUGAGCGCACCUGGUCACAGAGAUACUCCGAGUGUCAUAAAACCGUUAUGACAUUAGUCGCAGAACAAGAAAGUCUUCUCAAAGAAAAACUGGCUAAGGACAGGGAGAUGGAGAUUAUGCAGAAUCGAAUCCUGGAACUUCAGAAAUCAGUAGACGAGCUUACAGGUGUGACCGAUGAGCGUGCAAAUACGAGAAUGAAAGAGCUGGAAGAAGAGAAGCAGAACUUGGAAAGAAGCCUAAGGAAGAAGAUGUUGGAAGAAUAUGAUGGGAAAAUAGCGGAAUUACUUGCUCAGUUGCAAAGCAUCGAGUAUGCUGUUUCACUGGAGCGGAGGGAGGCUAAUACAAGGAUAAUCACAAUGGAGGCACAACAGGUUGAAAAACUUAGUAGUUUGCACCAAACUAUUCAGGAACUCAGGGGAGAGCGGAAUGAUUUGCUAGAGAAAGUUAGAAAUUUGGAGACGGAAUUGUCUUCGCUGAAGGAGAAUUUCAGCCACUUAAAAAAAAAUGGAAGGAGAUUAUCCAAGAAAGAAGACACUCUCACAAAGGAAGUGAGCACUCUUCAACAUAAUCUGCAUGAAGCAAAAAUUAUGUUAGAGAAAUCACAAGUGGAAAGGAGCCAUGAAAUUUCUGCUCUGCAUGAUUCGCUUCGCGAAGCGAGGUCAAGAGAAAAAAUGUUUUCAGUAAAAGAAGUAGAGCAAACGAAGCGCAUUGAAGUUCUGGAACAACUUCUCGAAGGUGCGAGGAUUAAAGUGGAGGAACUGUCCAAGAAAGAUCAAGAGGAAAAUAAGGAGUUGCGGAUUGCGCAAGAUUCACUCGAACAGACCAAGAAAGAGUUGAACAGGAUUUCACAAAAGAACUCCGAACAACUAGGAGAGAUUACAACCUUGAAGAAGUCUCUUAUGGAGGCCAGACACCAAGGAGCCAUGUUAUCCCGAACGCAGGCCGAGCAUACUGAAGAGCUAGCCAUUUUAAAGCAAUCAUUGUGCGAUGCACGGAAUCAUGGAGAAACGAUGACACGAAAAUACGGAGAAAACGUAAAGGACGUGGAAAAUCUGAGGCAAUUGCUGAGUGCAUCCCGGGCUCAAGAAGAUGCGAUGAAGAAGAAGAUGGACCAUCAAGAGAAGGAGAUUGUCAUACUCCAAGAAGCUUUACUACAGGCCAAAGCAGACAGCGAUUUACUGGUGAGAGCAGAGGCUACUCACACAGAGGAGAUCUCUGCUCUACGCUCUGCACUGGCAGAAACACAAAAACAAGCGGACGCUGCUUUCAAGCAUGCUCAGCAUCUGAAUGCUAUUUUUGAAGUUACCCAAGCUGAAUCAAGGCGCAGAGUUGAAAUUAAAGAAUGCGUCAGCUCGUUAAUCACCUCGGCACAGGAUCAGCCCGAAACCUUUUGCAAAGAUAACGACGACUCUCCAGGUAGACCUCGUGAAUUGAGUUUUCGGAGUGUGGAUGAUGGUAAGAUACCAUCUCUGACCGAGACCGGAUUAAAGACCACUCCGGGUCUCGAGGAGGAGAACAGGUAUCUUAAAGCCCGCGUAGAUGAGCUACAAAGUGAAAACUUUAAGGUAGGCCAUGUCAUUUCUGAACUGAGAAAUGAAUUGGAGACUGUUGGACUUCUCCAACCAUCAACUGGGUGUGAUCUCCACAGUUUUGCCUCACAACGGCAAAACAGUAAAUCUCCUCCUUCAGACGAGGAGAACAAAUUGAGCCAGCGUCAAAUCAAGAUGACAUCGGGGUCGAAUUGGAAGGACGAGCCUCACGAGGCCAUAUUACGACCAAAGGUUGUAAACACCUUCCAGGAGAAUGAAGAAAUUAGUUUGUCUGAAAGAGAGGAGCUACUGACAUUGAGAGCUCUAUUGAAGGAUGUGCAUAGCAGGAAUGCACUCUUUCACAAACAGGUGGUAUCAAUGAAUGUUCCUGCUGAACAAUCCCAAGAUCGGAGAAGAAAUUUGUCAGGCGGCUCAGCUGAAGUUACUACCUAUCCUGAGAGACAACUCAAUUCAUCAGAGCUGGGUAGUACACCUAGAAAUUACAGAGAUGAGAUACGCAAUUCAGUAAAGCAGCCAAGAAGCACACAAUCCACCUUUGUUGGGGACAAUUCUAGGCGGUUUCCUGAACAAAGGUCAAAGCAAAGUACUGCAGAAGCCAAAAGUUCGUUGGUAGUCUCAGCUGAAGUCCUGAAAUUGAAUGAGCAGAUUGCUCGAGUAAGAGAACAACUCACCACGCUUUGUUCCUCAGACCAAAGUAUUUCUUCUUGUCAGAAAUCCUCAGAGGUAAGAAUGCAUAGGUUCCAGUCUUCGUGCUCUGGAAAAGCAGCGCAAACUGAUGAACCUCUUAGAUCAGGAAGUCAUGAACUAAAGGCAGGAGGAAACUCUGGAGCUGCCAAGAACAAGAGCGAUUUGCAUCAUAGAAUUUAUCUUGAUCAACAAGAUAACAUUGCUGAAAAGGCACCACGAGGCACCCAGUGUGACAUUCCUCGCAGACAACAUGAGGAACUCGAACUGGAGCAACCGGCUUGCAUAGCAACGAAGAGGAGCAACCAUAAGGCCCACCCACACGGUGUUGUGCAAUCGAGUGAAGUAUUCUUACCAAAUAAGCACACUGCUUCAAAAAAGGUUAGACCAUCUGCCAGAGAUUCCUUGGGCACGACAGCACGGGCAAAAGUGGGCAGGAAGAUUCGCGUUAAAGUCCCUUCUGUAACGAGCAGCCGUUCAGACGUGGUAUGCUCGCAUUGCCAAGAAUGCCUGAGCAAUGAAGACCGUCAAGGCCUUACGUCUCCGUCUCCUGAAUUGUCGUUCACAGACUCACCAAAGCCGGACAACGCCAAGGCACAUAAUCAUCAUAGAUGUAGUACUUGGGCACAUGGACAUGGACAGGCAUGCGUGUUAACCUCCUUGGCUACUGAUGAGAAGGAGCAACACAAUGACCUAUCCCAGGCCAGGACGGGAUCCGGAAGUGAUGACAGCGAUCUAGCAUCCAUCAUUCAGCACAAGUGCACAGUUCACCCUCAUGACACAGUGCAUCAGAAAAAACUAUCACGCAACGCCGGGGAUAAACGAGAUGUGACUAGAGAAGACGCAAGAAGGUCGAAAACCCACGCUGUCAGGGAUGAACAUCUGCCGCGGAAGCAAACAGUCAUCGAACGGAAGAGAGGGUCAGGGUCAGGGUCAGCGAGUACGCCCCGUAGAAGCAUGAUUGCUGGGAGAGAACGCGUUCUCUCCCAGCAUGACUCACAUCACAGCAGACUUUCGAUUUCUCGAUCAGCCAAAAUCUAACUCAACAUCUGGUAACACUUAAUGGCGAACAUAAUGUAUGUUGUACGAGUUUGGGGUGCCCCAACACGAAAUUUUCAUUUCGACACGACAGGUCCAACGUGUUAUGCCCCUUAAGAGGGUUUGGCUCCGACGAGCCGAUUACAAACUUAAGAGAUGGAAGUCCAGACACAAACCUCUUAUAAGUAGCUGCACUCCAGAAGAAGUCUCGGCCUGAGAACCAAUCAACGAAGAAUCUUAUAGUCCUCGAAAAGAUUUCUAAGGUUGAAUCGAUCUCGAGGACAUCUUUCUGUCCUUCUGUCCUACAUUGCGCCUGUAACACAUCGGGAAAACUCAUAUAUAUUCGCGCGAUUCUUAGGAAGAGAAGACAUUUAUUUUAAUCAGGAGUGUAUUAUGCAGUUCGGGAACGAUGUUCUUGCAUAUAAUCGUUCUUUAAUUUCUCUCGGAGAGAAUAACUAUAACGUGUAUUUCUAUGUGUCACUCUAUGAGUGCGGUUAGGAAGCAAUGUCCUCCGCACCUAAAAUUUCAGUCUCUGAAAUUUUUAUGCAUUUGUUCACGCUUGUCUCUCUUGAAGUGUAUUUC